AUGGCAACCCCCAUGAUGAGCUCGGAUGAAGGGGAAAUCAUAGAGGCAACUCCCCUGCCUCGAUCUGAUAAAAACGGCCAUGUUGACCCGACGGGCAGAACUCGACCCAGAUUGUCGCACACCCCCGACCUUGAUGACUCGUCAAGGAACCCUGCCAAUGCGCCUUUCCGGCGAAGCCGAUCCCCUCGUGGUUUCAAACGAUCUCACGACGAGCCUGAAUACCAGAGCAGCAGCCGAGGGCGCGAUCCCCGCCGAUUUCGAGUCCGUUAUGAGGCUGAUCCUCGGGACGGUCACCGCCGCGGCCGCCACCCUUACGAAGAUCCAGACCGUCCACAGUCUCGUGGCUCUGCCCAUGACGAAGAGAGAGACCGAAACCGAGAUAACACUGCGUCGCGCCCCUUCGGCCAACGCCGUGACGAUCGCAACUUCGACCGCGGUUACGAUGGCUACCCCGACAAACGUCCGCGGAAUCGCAGCCGUUCUCCAAGGGGCGGUCGCCGCGAUAGGGGCCGGCGGGAUCGAGGUCGCUUUGGAAGAGACCCAACCAUAGAUCAUGCUGAAUCUAUCAAGUACAGUGCCCACAAUGAGAGAUAUUCGCAGGGUAACUCUGUGUCCAAGCGGGCUACUCUGGCAGAGGCUUCUGAUACUUCUAGACGAGAUACUAAAUCUUAUCAAGGUGUUACGGGUGACCGCAUCGCCGACAAGGCUACCUCUGCACCGACCCAUGACACCCAGAAACGCCCAGAAAAGGAACCGGAGCCUGAGCCGGAUUGGGAUGGAACUGCAGCGGUCGAUGAAGAAGCAGCUGUCGAGGCUGAGAUCCAGAGGAGACGACUUGCGAGAGAGGCGGCCUACAAAAGAGCCGUUGGUGCAGCCACUCCCAACGUCCAGGGAUUGCAAGUGUCGGAUAAGCCAGCAGUGUCCACCCCCGCGUCCACCCAGCGCAGUACUCCUCAUAUAACGGAGGCGAAUACCCCUCGUUCUGACUGGAACUCCCCGGCCGUAUCGGCUUCUGGCGGGCAAGAGGCCAUGUCUCCGGCUUCGCUUGACAUCGCUAAUGAUCAGGAACUCAUCAACAUCCACGGGAAGGCCAAGGUGGAUGACGAGGAUGGCCCGUCCGCUGCAGACUAUGAUCCGACAGUCGACAUGAAGGAGGAUGAGCUCCGAGACGAGCUGCGAUACGGGAAUGUGGGACUCCAUGGGAAGGACCGGCAUCCAUCGCAAGCAGAAAUCGUCGCGCCGAAGAACGAAGAGCCGGAGACUAAGGGCGCAGGAGAUGUUGAUGACGGUGAUGACGACGACUUCGACAUGUUCGCUGAUGAUUUUGACGACAACAAGUUCGCUGCCACGAAGCCGGCUACGAAAGCCACGCCGGCGCAGGAUAACCAAGAUCCGUCUCAACUUGGGCAGGCCAACGGCGGUGGAAUCCUCGAAGGCGAUGACAAGGACGGUUAUUACAAGAUCCGGCCUGGAGAAGUGCUGGGCGGCCGAUAUCAGGUCCAGUCAACCCUCGGUAGAGGCAUGUUCUCAGGCGUGGCCCGCGCGAUGGACAUCACGACCAAGAAACUCGUGGCCAUCAAGAUCAUGCGCAACAACGAUGCCCUGAGAAAGGGUGGAUUUACGGAAAUUGCCAUUCUCCAGAAGCUGAACGCUGCCGACCCGGAAAACAAGAAACACCUUGUCAAGUUCGAGCGUUCCUUCGAAUACAACGGGCACUUGUGCAUGGCCUUUGAGAACUUGAGCCUCAAUCUACGCGAGGUUCUCAAGAAGUUCGGCAAUAAUAUCGGCAUCAACUUGAACGCAACACGAGCGUACGCCUACCAGAUCUUUCUGGCCCUCGGUCAUAUGCGCAAAUGCAGCAUCAUCCACGCGGAUCUGAAACCCGAUAACAUACUGGUCAACGAAAGCCGGAACGUCCUCAAGAUCUGUGAUUUGGGGACAGCUAUCGACCGAUCAGACGCCGCGACUGCGCACAACGAGAUCACGCCAUACCUGGUCAGUAGAUUCUACCGGGCCCCGGAGAUCAUGCUGGGCAUGCCCUACGACUACGCAGUCGACAUGUGGUCAAUUGGCUGCACCCUGUACGAGCUCUACACGGGCAAGAUCCUGUUCACGGGAGACAGCAACAACCAGAUGUUGAAGAACAUCAUGGAGAUUCGGGGCAAGCUCAGCGGAAAGCUCUACCGCCGCGGCCAACUCUCCCACAUGCACUUCGACGACCUUGGUAACUUCAUCAGUGUCGAGAGGGAUAAGGUUCUUGGCAAGACCACCGUCAGAACCUUGUCGAUGAUCAAGCCAACCAGGGACCUUCGCACUCGUCUCCUGGCUGCAUCGAGCGGCAUGAACGAUACAGAGACGAGGGAGUUCAACCAAUUCAUCGACCUGCUUGAGCGCUGCUUAACGCUGAACCCGGACAAGAGGAUUACUCCCUCGGAAGCCCUUAAGCAUCCAUUCUUCACGCAGAGGAUGCAUUCAUCUAAAAGAUGA